AUGGAUGGAGAGUGCAUCACUUGCGAACACGUCCUCUGUCAGGUCCACUUCAACAAGUCGGUCCAUCUGUGUGAAGCUCUGAAAUUUGGAAACAACCUACUGCUGCUCAAGUCCCUCAACCUAGAACAAUUGGCGUCCUCUUUGCGACCGGGUCACAGCUGCCAAGCCAUCCUCCCCUUGGAUCAAGACAGCAUGAUGAGGGGGCAGAACAAUGUUGUAUGCCCCAUACACUUUGGCGACGCCAUCCAAUGGAUGGCCAAAGUCGGACAGGGCUCGCGCAAUUCCCUCCAGCUCGACAAUGCAUUCGUCGAGAGUGAGCUGGCUACUAUCGAGGUGCUCGCGGGUCUGCAAGGCAAUGUGCCUCACGCUCUCUUAUUCCUCGACAUGAUGUCCGGUCCUCGAUUGGACCUUCGAAUCUACCAUCCUGAUCGCCAUCCAUCCCUCCCCGCACCGGCACAAACGUUCAUCCACGGCCUUGCCGAUCUACUCAUCUCCCUCACAUCCCAAUCCUUCGACAAGAUCGGCUCUUUUCCACCCAACCUCAUCCGACCAGCCAAAGAGAUGGUAGCCCAGAUGACCAUGGUCUUCCCCGGCUACUUUAACAGCAACAGUCUCGACGCCUUUGAACUGUACCUCGUCGACGUCUUGUCUGCCCGUGGUAGGCAUGAUCUGGCAGAUUGUGUUAAAGGCGCCAGGUUGUACCAUAAUCUGCUUCUAGUGGAGAAUAACGACUUGGACCUCCCAAGGAUGGAGCUAUUGCGAGAGAUUAUGGGCAGGCCCAGAAUGGAACGGGAAGAAUGGAUGGAAUGGGCGUUGGAACGGUUCAAGGAGGAUGUCGGGCUGGAUAAGGUUCGAGAGCUUGCAGCUGAGACCGUUGUAUGA